GAAGCUGUUGUCAACGGAAGUAGAUCGAGUGAUAGUCGGUCUCCGUUGAUCGAGUGCACCUUACAAGCCACAUUUAGGGGCGCUGCACUUGACAGAGGUUCAGGGAUUUCUUCAGCUCUCCACCUUUUGCUUUAGGACAGGCUUCCAGCUAUGUCUGCUGUGGUGGAUCUAAAGACUAAGGAGGAGAAAGAUGCAGAGCUGGACAAAAGAAUUGAAGCUCUAAGGAAGAAGAAUGAAGCUUUGGUCAAGAGAUAUCAGGAAAUACAGGAAGAUAAGAAAAAGGCUGAACAGGAGGGCAUCGCUGUGACGACAACUCGCAAAGCCCGCCCUCAUGAGCCUGAGUCUGAACGGAGAAAGACGGAAAAGGAAAGCUUCACAGUGACCGUUGACUUGUCCAAACCUGCUGGGGAAAAGCGUGUUGUGAAUGACAGGAAACCAGCUGCUCAUCGUGGUGACCAGGGCCCAGAAGAAGAAGAGUCUGGUCAGCUUCAUGGUGAGAGCCCCCCCCACAGAACCGGAUCGGGUCGGAUGAGCAGAGGUGGCCACCGCGGUGGAAGAAGAGAGCCUCGUUCAAACAAAGGCGAACUAUGGUCAGAAAGGCAGCCUCAGGAUGAUGAAGGUGGAGAGGGUCCAGCUCGAAGUGAACGCUCCUCUAGAGGAGGGCGGAGGGGAGGAAGAGGUGGAGGUGGAGGUGGAACUCAAGGAGGAUCAGGCCCGGACAGGAAAUCAAAGGAGUGGGAGGAAAAAAGAAGACAGAACAUAGAGAAGAUGAAUGAAGAAAUGGAAAAGAUUGCUGAAUAUGAGAGAGGUCAAAGGGCUGAUGGAGAGAAGAAACCCAUCAGAAACUUCCUUGAUGACCCACGGCGUAGUGGGCCCAUACAAGAAACUGACCGCAAGGAGGGAAGCCGACGACAUGUGCGCAAUUGGGGUGGUGUUGACUUUGACAAUGUGAAGACUGGUGCAGAGGUUGAGAAAGAAUGGACGAAUCGUAGGCCAAGCGGUAGAGGCUCAGUGGAUAUGACUCUGUCCAUGACUGGUCGAGAAAGAGCCGAAUAUCUCCACUGGAAAAAGGAGCGAGAGCAGAUUGACGAAGAACGGCUGGCUCGUCACCGUAAUGCCACUGGCCAGUGGAGACGAGAGUGGGAUGCCCAGAAAACAGAUACGAUGUUCAAGGAGGACCCAGCUGUGGCUGGAGAGGGCACACAAGAACAAAGCAACAGGAGAGCAGCUAGGGGGCGCAAUGCCCAUGUACAGCAACGCAGUGGACCUUCAGAAGACAACAAGAGGCCACCUAAGGCACCAACCAUUGGGGACUUCUUGGGACAGGGCAAACCCAGACAAGGAGGCCGUGGACGAGGCAGGGGUCGCGGUCAAGGCAAAAGCUACAGCAUGCAUGAUAACCGGUGGGAAGGAGAAAAUGAAGAGGAGAAAGGAAGAAAGGAGGAGCAAGAGAAGGAAAAGGAGAAGGAUGAAGAGAAGGUCAAAGAGAAGGAAGAUGAGAACAAGGAUGACAACCUCAAGGCUCCGUUGUCAGAGAAGAAGACUGAUGAAGAAGGCCUUGCUGAAGAAGAUGAUGAUGAGUGGGAGGAUGCUAGCGAUGGUGAAGAGGAAGAUGCGGAAGAGGAUGAAAAAGCGGAUGGCGGGGAAGACUCAAAAGAUGCUAAACCAACAGAAAAGACCCCUUUAUCUCCUGCACCUUCUACUCCCAGCCCAAAAGGACAACGUACCCCAAGACCCAAAGUCCACAUCCCUUCCCCACAGGAGACGCUCAGUACACCAGAGGGACCUAAACCCCUCAGCCCUUUCUCCCCACUGGACAGCCACCAGCCAGUAUCAGACUGGGGUGAAGAAAUGGAGAUGCUUUCUCCUAAGAGCAGUCUGGGUGAGAGCCCUCUGAGGCCCAGCAGCACUGAAAGCAGUCCAGCUCAACCCAAGAGCAACCCGGCUGAACCUAACAUGACGACCACCCCCAGCCAGCCAGAAGAACCAGAAAUCAAAGAAAUUACAUCUACAGUGGUGGUGUCAGCUUCCUGUGAAACCCCAAAGGAGCCUGUACCAGCUGAAUCUGCCGACACAACCACCUCGAGCAGCCAUGACACAGCAGAUCCCGUAGUGGCGCCCACCCCAGACAGCGCCAACCUGAGCAAGGAAAGCGACGCCCCUGUUGUAGAGCCGGAUCAGAGUCAGCCUGAAACGAAGGUUGUGGAGGAUAUGGCAGUGGAUUCUUCAGAUCAGCCGUCCUCAGGUGCUGUUCUUAUUACCAGCUUUGAGACUGUGGCUUUUCGAAAGAGGUCCCUUACUUCAGCUGACUUCUAACAACUAACCAACGUCCUCCCCUUUUCUCCGCGCACUUCAGUCUUUCUGGUCUCUCUGUCUCUCCCUCCCUGUUCACUACACUACUCAUGUCUCCUUUAUGUUCCCGUGUCCAUCUGUCUCAUGGCAUGAGAUGGCAUCUGCUAUCGGGCUUGUCUCUAUCGUCUUUGACAAAUGGGAAUGCAGCUCCUCAGGCUAUGACAGUCCUCCCCUGCUCUGGGACUGACUGCUUCUGUCUGCAGCUUCACUGGCUGGCUGUGAUUCUCCACUGUGAACCUUGCACACCUCCUCCAGCACAACUAAUAUCCCACGUUUACUGUGCUCCUGGAACCCCCUCAUUGUCGUUUAUGCACCUCUUUGAUUUCACACCUUUCCCUGGAUGACAUGUUUGGAUAUGGGUUUUGGCUUUUCCCCCUUUCAUGCAUGUCACAAACUGCUUGAGCAAAUAAGUGUUGUUUUGAUUUUUGUUCCAUUUUUGUUCCAUUUUGAGUGUGUGGACCGCAAACGUCACUGAACGUGAUCUAUAACUUCAUCCCAACAGGAUCCCAUUUAAAUGCUGUUUAGGAUCAUAAUCAUUUAGGGGAAAUCUGUUUGGCUUUUCUCCCACAGCAGCUUCCAGAGAUGAAUUACACAGGGUAAACCUAAUGUGGUUCCUGAGACUGUAUGGCAUCUUAUUAGAUUUCAUCUCAUUUUAAUCUUCAUCAUGUAUGAAAUGUUUAUCAAGCCACACAGAAUGAAUGUACACCAGAGUUCAGAUAGCUAUGUUUCCAUCCACCUUUUUUUAAUGUGCAUUUUGUAAUAUCACAUGAAAAAACACUGGAUGGAAAUGCUAAGAUUUGCAUAAAUUAAAAAAAUGUGCUUAAAAAAGACUUAUGUGCACAAUUGAGUAGAAUAAACUUUUUAUCCACUAAAAGAUGUGCAUAAACUAUAAUGGAACGCGUUUAACAUCAAAAAAGUUGUGUGAGUUUGCACAAUUGGACAAGAUAACUUGACUAGCCUGCAGACAGAUCUCAUUCCACAGCAUCUGAAACAUUUUUUAAAUGUCAUCAAAGAAAGUCUGUAUAAUUGUCUUACACAACUGCGUUCCCAAUCAGCAGGCAUCCACCUCCGAAAGCAAUGACAACAUUUAUUGUUUCAUCUGCUUGCUUUGAGGCGCAAGUUAUUAUUCUAUUUAUGGCUUCUCCUACUUUUCUGAUUGAUAUUUAGUGCCAGUUUAUCAGGAAGUGAUGAUUUUAUUCUCUUUGACUCAUUGGAUGGAAACGGUGCUUUAUUUGCAAAUGUUUUGUUCCAGUUUUGUGCAUAAGUCAAAUUCGCAUCUUUGGAUGGAAACAUAGCUGAUACAUAGCUGAAACAUAAUGAGGGUAGUUUUUGCAAAUAAAACCCAUUGUUUAUUCACAUAGACUAAAAAAAAGGCCCUCUGAAAUGAUCAGGGUUUCUGCAGUUUUAGAAAACCUGGAAAUAUCAGGAAAUGUAAAAAAAAAAAAUCAUGGAAAUGUUUCCGUAAUCUUCUAGUUAUGCAAUGAUUAAAAGGAUUUCAUCAGCUAGAGUUAAGUCUUUUUACAAAUUUUUAAUAAAAGAUUUGUCCCGUGAUGUGUUUGGAUGGGUAUAUGGUGGCUUAAAUAAUCCACUGUAAUAUCAGUACAAUAAUUUUUAAGAUUCCUUAUCCAGUGAACAACUGGAAAUGUUAUAGAAAUUCUUUGAUUAAAAGAAAUGGGAACCCAGUGUCUCAUUCGGCUACAAAGCAAAGGAAAAUCUAAACAAAAAAAAGCCUAGCCAAACAUUAUAAAAAGAAAAAUGAAAUUGGUGGCCUUUAUCCUCAUCAUUUAGUUUUUUUCUAAAGUCUGAAAUUUGAAUUCUCUCCCUUUUUUUUUUUUAUUGCCCUUUUGAGGUGCGGUCACAUUCACCGUUCAGCAAAUUUUCGCAGGCAAAUCCAGUAAUUUCAGUAGGAAUCCAUGCAAUCUGGAAUUUAAUUUGAAGGCAAGGUAUUUCCCCACAAAUUGCACAAUGGGUUUAAGUUGGUCAUCCAAAUUUGCCAUGUUGACCAAAGCAUGCUGCUUGAUUUGAUUUGAGAAAAUAGCUUUAGUGUGCGUGUUUCAUCAUACAUCACUGCACUGUUGACAACAGACAAUGGACCUUUAGUUCCUGUGAAAUUUUGCCGAAAUAUCACUGAUGUGACUGCACCUUAUUCUGUACAAAGUAUUCUGUCGCUGUAGGAUUUUUACUUAUACAAGUGAUGAAUUUGUAGUUUAUACUGUUGACAUUUGGCAUGAUGCUGGAAUGGCGAAUAAAUGUUGUGCUGCUUGUUA